AUGCAAUGGAUGGAGGAGAAUGUGCCAGACUACAGGUUAACGUUGAUCGAAGGCGAAAGGCAUUCGUUGUUCCUUCGCGUUGAAGUUGGGGACACGAUGUUCAAAUCGAUAGUUGUACAAUUUCAUGCGAGAGGAUCAUAUCGAAUAUGUAAGACCGCUUACCUAAUGACGAUAACAGCCCGAAGAUCAAAACACUUGAAGAAGCCGGGAAGCUGUCAUGGCUGUGAUCAUAAUUAUGAUCACGAUCGCACGCUUCCCGCCUCUCCGAAGAAUAACAAUUCGAAACCUUGGAAGCUAGAUUGUCAGAAUUACAAAAAUCAUGAUAUAACAGUGAAUGAUCUUAAUGAUAUGAAGAGAAGAUAUCAGGAAUGUCUGUCGAAAAUUAACGAGCUCUACCUUAGACUUGCUGAAUCCCAAAGCAAGGAACUUAAGAAUUACACCCCUUCAACGCCGAUGACACCGAUAUCGCCCACUAGUUCA